CCCACCACAUCCCUCGACGUCGUUUCGUUUCAUUCUAUUCUUGCAAAGUCUACGGCUCUUUCUUACGUCUCUUGCCCAUGCCUCGCAUGCGGAGUCCGUCCACCACUGCAGAAGUUCAACAAUUACAGGAGCAACACUGAGAUGCCUGCCAGUGCCAUGACCACCCACUGAGAAGAGGGACGGAACCGUGAGUUGCGGAUCCACGCUCACAUACAGACGAACCAGAGUGUGAAAGAGGAAGAACACGGAAGCAGAGAGAGAGAGAGACACACACACAGGGGAACGAGAGAGAAGAGAGGAAACGAGAGCGGGAGAGCGGUCGAUGGAUGGCGCUUGGACAGAGGGGACACUGAAGGCGCACUCUUCACUGACGAGGAACAGCAAGCUGCAGACAUGGAGGCAAAAGGCAGAGGCAUGCCCCAAGUCAUGGUGUGGUGGGAGAAGGGGAUCCAGGUUGUCCUCACCACUUUGGGGGCGUUUGCAGCCUUUUCCCUGAUGGCGGUGGCCAUUGGGACGGACUACUGGCUGUACGCACGGGCCUUCAUCUGCAACAGCACGGCCAACUCCUCCCAGGACGACCCCAACAACAAGGACAAGAAAGACCCUGGAGCCCUCACACACUCUGGCCUCUGGAGGAUCUGCUGUCUGGAGGGGCUGAAGAGAGGAGUGUGUUCUCAGAUCAAUCAUUUCCCGGACGAUGCAGACUAUGAUCAGGAUGCAGCAGAGUAUCUCCUACGUGUGGUCCGAGCCUCCAGUAUCUUCCCCAUCCUGAGUGCUAUACUCCUCCUGAUGGGAGCGAUGUGUGUUGCAUCCAGCAGCUUCUACAAGAGCAAGAGGAACAUCAUCCUAGGAGGAGGCAUCCUGUUUGUGGCUGCUGGCCUGAGCAACAUCAUCGGUGUGAUCGUGUACAUCUCUGCGGCACUGAGCGACAUCUCGCCCAAGAAGGAUGAGGACAAGAAGUGGCAUUACUCGUACGGCUGGUCCUUCUACUUUGGAGGCCUCUCCUUCAUCCUGGCUGAGAUGGUGGGUGUCCUGGCUGUCAACAUCUACAUCGAGAAGAACAAGGAGCUGCGCUGCCGCUCUCGCACCGAACUCUUGAAGAGCACUACGCACGCCAUGCUCCGCCUGCCUAGCUACCGCUUUCGCCGGCGCUCCCACUCCAGCUCGCACUCUUCCGACCCGCCACGCUCCCCCUGCGACACCUCACCCACAGGCGCCAAGAGUUUUGCAUUACCGCCGUCUGCCCCGCCUUUCUCCGUUGCCACCCUGCCAAACCCGCACCAUGCUGGUGGAGGAUUAGGGGGCGAUAUCUCCAUGUAUACCCUGACCCGGGACUCCAAGAUGGGGAGUCUUGGUGGCGGGGGACCCCCCCUCUACGGCACCGUGGACCGGGCCUCCCUCUACCAGCUGCACAACUACUUCCCCAAAGAGGAAGUGGGGGUGAUGAUGAGCGGCACGCUGCCUUCUCUCUCCAAGUCCAACCUCUCUGCGGCGGGCCAGAAUUCCGCCGUCGGAGCCACUGCCAUUGCGCCCCUGAAUACCUUGUCGUCCUCCGGUCCUAACCCCCAGCAGCCACCUCUGCCCACUGGCACCAUGGAGAGAGAGAGGGGCAUGGGCACCCUGGACCGCCUGGGGGGCAAACGGAACAGGGACACCGACUCGGACACGCUGAACAGGAGAACCACGCCAGUGUGAGCCUCGGAGAUAGGAGCAAGAGCCACGGAGGUGGAGGGCAAAAUGGCGGUAACGCUUUACAGUAAAUCCCUGUCGCACAACCUACCUUUCGCUGCCAUAACAAUGACUUAACAAGUAACGCUUUCCAGUUCACUACUGGUAAAGCCUACUGUUCGCUGCCAUACAUAACAAUGACUUUGCGGAUUUUAUAAGCAGUCACGACAACUAGUGUAAAUUCAUGACAACUGCCUUAACACGGUCAUGACGGCUCAUACGGUGGCCUAAGUUCUGUAGUUAGCUUGCAUAGGUAGCUUGCACAUACUUGCUGUAUGCGACAUACUAGUAUUUGACUACCUAAUGUAUUCGUGUUUAUGACUGCUUAUGACACUGAUAUUUCGAGGACUGUAUGACAGGGCUUCUGUAAAGUGUUACCAAAUAGGUCUGUAGGAAUAUGUAAGAUAACUGAAAGAGAAUAGUUGGCCAUUCCUUGCCCUAUCACUCCAUCUCAGUCUGUUUUUGACUACUAUGAAUACAUCUAUUCCACUGACUAGAAUAUCAAAUGUAUUAUUAACAAUAUUAUUGAGUAUAUAUUCAUUUUGAAAUGCACAAUAUGUCUAUAGUGGUAAACUUUGGGUUGUCUUAUCAUUCCGAGUGCUUGAUUAUCAUAGCCAGGUUACAAGAGUGUAAAGAUUGUAACUUCUUGAAUAUUAUCACAUUGCUGUUGUUUCUAUUCUCGUAAUCGUAAAUGCAGGGUAAAUUUGUACAUUUGAACUAUGAUUUUUUAUUCUUGUAUUUCUUUAAAGUUGAAAAUGUUCCUUGAUUUCUAGCUCCAUCACACUUAAUCUGAUGGUGUCAGGCGAGAAGCAUGUGCGCAAAUAUGAGUGUAAUAUUGUAUUUAUAUUUCAUUUUAAAUAUAUAUUUAUUUUAUUAUUAUUAUUUAUAAUAAUAGUCACUUAUUAUUAUUGUUAUACUUAUUGUUAUUAUUUUUAAGGCAAUUUUUUUGUUUGUUAAUACAGAUAUAACCAACAUAGCCUAAUCUGUGUUUUUUUAUUGUUUAUGACAAGUGUAUUAGAUUAUAGACUUUAUAUGAACCUAUUUAUUUUAGCGAUGGUAUAUAUUCUUAAUGUUAUUCGUUAAAGCAGCGAUUCUCGACUGAUGGGUCGCGACCCAAAUUUGGGGUCGAAUGGGUCACAGUCUGAACUUAAACGACUAAAACCAGGUAGUAAGUGAUUAAACAAUUGAAUUUCUGAAAUAUUUUUCUUCAAUAUUAUUUUUCUUCAAGCAUUGUAUUUUCAAAAUAGAGCUAGCAGGGCUAUUUAGCGGAUUUAGUUGAUUUUGUGGUCUCAAACCAGUGAGCUUAUCAACACUCUUCAUCAAGAAUAUGGGCAAAUUUGACUUAUUUCUUUAGCAUCAAAAAUACAUUCCAGAUUACAUUUUAUAUAUAUUAUGCGAAUAUUGGGUUGCGACUGGGACAACCUGGUUUAAUCCGGGUCCUGAGGCAAAACCAGUUAAGCUGCUUUAAAGAGCCUACUUUGGGGUUUAGCGGGCUGUGAUCCUGUGAUCCUGUAAGUGAAGAAGACAACAAUCUCUUCAUGGUACAUGAUAUUUCUACUCUACUGCACAUGAGUCAAACUAAGGACAUUUGUGAUGUUUAAGCAAUACAAAAUUCUGAGCCUCAAAAAGAACUACAAAAAAUACAUUCAAUAAACUUAUAU